AAACAGUGGGUUAUCAAGUAAGCAUCUCUCUCAGAUCCACAUAUGCCACCAAUUAAUUUCUCCACCAUAUGUAUUUAAGCACUCAUAUUUUCCUUUGACUACAAUGAAUGAAUAAAACCAUUCCCUUUGUGUCUUAAUGUUAUUUUCAUGUACCUAAAUAUGUGUCGCCUUCUCUAUGAUUCCCACUUUCUUCUUUAUAUGUACCAAAUUCCCUCAUUAUUAAUUACUUUUCCAUCUCCAUAUGGCUGAAUCUCAUUCUCAAUCUCCAACACCAUGUGAUAACCACCAAAAUCAUGAACAAGUUGGUGGUUUUGAUUGGAUGGUUCUUGUGGCAGCUAUUCUAUGUGCCUUUGUUUGUGCACUUGGUCUCAACACUAUGUUACAAUGUGCAUUUCAAUGUGUUGGUCGUGUACUCACUGAGCCUAUGCAAUGGAUUGCUUCUAGAAGGUUGAAUUCAGGAAUCAAAAAGAAAGAAAUGGUAGCUUUGCCAACUUCAACAUAUAGUCACUCGGGUUCUCCUUCUUCAGCUUCUAGUUGUGUCAUUUGUUUGACUGAAUUCACUAAUGGAGAACAAAUAAGGUUCCUCCCAAAAUGCAAUCAUCAUUUUCAUGUGCUUUGUAUUGAUAAAUGGUUGCUUUCUCAUUCUUCUUGUCCUACUUGUAGGCAUCUUACUCAAGUCUAAUACCUCAAUUCACUCCUUAAUGAUUGUUAUUACUAUAUUGAGCUAGCUAGUUAUUAAUUUUAAGUAGAUUAAUAUCUAGGCCUUGUUUGUAAGGUUAAUAUAUACAAGAUUUGAGUGAUAUAUGAACUUCCUCUGAUAGUUUCCCUUUAAUUUGAAUUCAAUUACUU